AUGAUGUCAGCAGGGGUAAACGUGACCUCACUGCCCAUCCGGGUGACAUCACUGACGCUGGAUGGCCUGGCCCAGCUGUCCAGUCAGCGGUUCUUCUUUUUCUUCUUCCUGUGCGCCUACCUGUUCAUGCUGUGCAGCGACAGCCUGGUGGUCUACGUGAUCUGCUCGGAGCGGAGCCUCCACCGGCCCAUGUUCGUGUUUGUGGCGGCCCUGCUGGUGAAUUCUGUGGCGGGCGGCACGGUGUUUUACCCCAAGCUGCUGGUGGACCUGCUGGGCGGAGGCCGCUCGGUCCAGGUGACUCUGCGUGUGUGUGUGUGUCAGGCCUGGCUGCUGUACUCGGUGGGCACCUCCAGCUUCCUGCUGUUAGGGGCCAUGUCCUUUGACCGCUAUGUCUCCAUCUGCCGCCCGCUGCGUUACACCGCUCUCAUGUCUCCCGCCUCGGUGGCGGCGCUGCUGCUGCUCUGCUGGCUGCUGCCCGUCGGGCUGGUGGGCAGCGCGGUGCUGCUGGCAAGCCAGCUGCCGCUCUGCCGCUCGCAGCUCAGCAGACUCUUCUGCGACAUCUACAGCCUGGUCAGCCUGAGCUGCGGAGGCCGUGAGACGCUGCUGAGCGAAGCCUACAACCUGUCGAUCAUCGUAGCGACUGUUCUGCUGCCCUCCGUCUUCGUGCUCUUCUCUUACAGCGCCAUCCUCUCCAUCUGCCUGCGACGCUCGCGCAGCUUCAGCAGCAAAGCGCUGAGCACGUGCCUGCCACACCUGCUCGUCUUCUGUAACUACAGUGUGAGCUCGGGGGUGGAGGUGCUGCAGCGCCGCCUGCAGGCUGACAACCGGCUCACAGCCUCCGUCCUCACCUCCAUCCUCCAGGUGAUGAUCCCGACGGUGUUCAAUCCGGUGGUGUACGGCCUGAAGGUGACUGAGAUCAGGGCUCACCUGAGGAGGCUGCUGGGCUUCCAGAGAGCUCAUUAACCCACAGAGCCUGAUCCUGAGCUCAGGGCUCCAUUAGACUCUCCUGCAGUCCUGAUUCAG